GGAGCGGCCGCGGCUCGCGAAGACCCGCACUGGUGUCAGCAGCAGCAGCGCUGGGACCCAGCUCCCACCCCGGCCUUGCGUGUGUGUGGGGUGAUGCCCUUGAGGGCUGUGGGGGUGACAACACCCCCGAUGUCCCCUCCUGUCUAGUAGGAAGCUGCUGCCCCCCAACCCCCCGUGAUUGCUGCUGGGGGGGGCCGAGGAAGACGCUCGUCACCGCGCCGGCGGCACCGGGGCCGAGAUGUCGGCGCAGUGGCGGGUACUGGAUGAGCCCGGCACAAACAUCCCUAAAACACCUUAACUGAGGCCACCCCUCGGAGGGUUAAAAAGGUCCUUCCCGGGGCCACCGUAAGGCUAAAGAAUUGUCACAGUCCCUCUGUCGAGGACAGACAGACAGACACACAGCCCCAAGAUGGCUCAGGCGAGCCUCCUGGCCUGCGAGGGCCUGUCCGGAGUGUGCCUCGUGCCCACCGUGGCCAGCAAGAAGAUGAUGCCGAAGCCCAGCUCCAAGCAAGGGGAGAGCAGGGAGCGGGGGGGGAGCCCCGAUGUGCUGGCGCUGCGGCAGGACCCGGACAAGCCACGCAGUCGGAAGGACGAGGACGCACCCGAGACCACGCACAUCAAGAAGUCCAGUAAAAAGCGCCGCAAGCGUGUGUCCGGCACCGAGGGACCCGGCAGCGCGCCGCGGAGAGGACCGCGCCUCGGCAGCCAGGUGCUGGUCAUGGAGCAGAACGGUCCCUUCCAGGCGCAGAGCCCCAAGAACUUCAUCUGUGAGCACUGCCUGGGCGCCUUCCGCAGCAGCUACCACCUCAAGAGGCACAUCCUCAUCCACACUGGGGAGAAGCCCUUUGAGUGCGACGUGUGCGACAUGCGCUUCAUCCAGAAGUACCACUUGGAGCGGCACAAGCGCGUGCACAGCGGGGAGAAGCCGUACCAGUGCGAGCGCUGCAUGCAGAGCUUCUCCAGGACAGACCGGCUGCUGCGGCACAAGCGCAUGUGCCAAGGCUGCCAAACCAAGAGCCCCGACGCGCAGCUCCUGCUUUAAGAGGCCACCGGGAAUGC